AUGGCGAACGGCACCGCGAGCGCGAUCGCGGCAGCGGCCGCCGUGGCCGCCGCGGCCGGCCUCACCGUCUCGCAUCCCCGCGCCCACAGCAGCCCGGCCUCCCUCCAGCAGACGUACGCGUCGGCACAGCAAGCGCCGCAACACGCGCCGCAGCCGCACGCGCGUCACCAUCAUCAUCAGAAGCAGCGCAGCUACGACGUCAUCAGCACGGUCGACGACCUGGGCCCGCUGCCGCACGGAUGGGAGCAGGCGCGCACCCCCGAGGGCCAGAUCUACUUCCUCAACCACGUGACACGCACCACGACAUGGGAGGACCCGCGGAAAACGGCCGCAGCCGCGAACGUGGCCGCGGUAGCCGCGGCAGUAGAGAGCAGCAAAUCCACCCCACUCGGUCCGCUGCCCGAUGGAUGGGAACAGGCGCGCACAGCCGAGGGCGAAAUCUAUUUUAUCAAUCAUCAGUCUCGCACCACAUCCUGGUUCGAUCCGCGAAUCCCGGUGCAUCUCCAAAGAUCUCCGACGUCCAACGCGAUGCUACCGCAGGCCUGGCAGCUUCAACAAACCACAGGCAGCAUCCAAAGCAACCAGAGUCUGCAGGCAGCCUGCCAGCAGAAGAUUCGCCUUCAUUCGUUACAGAUGGAACGUGAACGUCUGAAACUGCGGCAGCAGGAAAUCAUACGCCAGCAAGAGUUGAUGCGGCCGAGCACCACGGAUGCCCCCAUGGAUCCGUUCCUGUCGAGUAUUAACGAGCAACAUGCGCGCCAAGAGAGUGCUGACAGCGGCCUAGGACUCGGCUCAGCAUAUUCCCUGCCUCAGACCUCCGACGACUUCAACAUGGACGAAAACAUGGACGGCACGAGCGAAAGGCACUGUGCGUUGAAUGAUCUUACGAAACGAUUAUACCGAAGCCAUAAAUACAUAAACGGGGGUGCGCCGAUGGAUACGCCGGAGCUCUCCUUGAGUGACAAUAUCGAUUCGACAGACGAUCUCCUGCCAUCACUUCAGCUGAACGAGGAGUUCAGCACCGAUAUUUUGGACGACGUGCAGUCACUCAUAAAUCCUAACCCAACCAAGCCGGAGAACGUGCUGACUUGGCUAUAGGGUUAGAAGUGAAACUGCGGCGGAUGUCGACCUAUUUAAAAGGAUAGGUAUUCAGGUUUUUGAAGUGGAAACUUUAUCCGAAUCUAGAUAUUAACCUGAAUUAAUCGCAUCAUUGAACAUCGUUUUCUAUAUCUUUAAUCAAUAUGUUCUUAUUUCUUCACAAUUCACAAUUUUUUACUGUGGGUUAGACUGUACUAGAAGGAUAGAGUUAAGUUUCUACUUCCAACCUAAACACCUAUUUUUUUAUUGUUUCUUUCUAUUUAGAGUUUUGCGGGAAGAUGCGUUACCACGAUAACAAGGAUAUACAUAUCGUUAAAAUAUAUUUUUAUUUCAAACUUCAUAUAACGAGCGAGAUGAUGAAAUCGGGAAGUAAACCUAGACUUUUUGCUUGGCGUAACGGUUUUAUUGUUAAAUUAUCUCAGACAUUUUAAAAUACCAUACUUCAAGAAAUUAAAUGUAUGUUUAUAUGCGAAUAUAAACAUACUUGUAAAUGUAAGUUUAUAUCUUGAAAUAUUUUGGGACAACUUAAUGAAUAAACUCGUCUGAUGUCCAAUGAAAGAUUAUUCUGAUAUUCCAUGUGUUAUAAGAAUAUUCGAAUGGAAAAAUAUAUUUUCUGAUGAAACAGUCAAAUCAAAGACAGAAUCAAUGAAAUUUUGUAAUAUAUCGUGGUACCACAUUUCCCUUGUGUAAAUUUAAAUAGAGAGAUGUUUAUACUUUAUUAUAUACCGCCUGAAGAAAAGAAAGAAAGAAGGUAGAAGUGAAAGACUACAUACGAACUUUAAAUGCCAACAUCUAGUCCUUCAUUUCCCCUUUAUUUCUUUCUUCGUUAAACAAUAUUAUAUUUUAUAUAUGCAACGAAAAUUUCUAUUCCGUAUUCAUAUUCGUUGAACUUGACGAUCGCGUUUUGUCAGAUUAUCGAUUUUUGUUGCAUAUGAUGGUAUCAAGAGAUCAUAUAUUUAUGCUCCCAAUUCGUAAUUGUAUCCUGCUAUGGUUUUUGCCCGCAGAAUGCAGUUUUGUUGUAAAAACUAAUAUAGAGAAACAACGAGAGAGUGGAUCAUAGAAAAUUUCAAACAAAUUUCAAAGCUCGUGUUACGAAGAUGUUUUAUCAUUUUGGCAUUUUCUAACGCGAGUCACUUUGUUGCAUGUUUUCACGCGAGAAUAAUUUGGUGCUAUUUUUAUCUUGGGUGCAUGUAAUUGAAAACUGUUAUUAUUAUAAAUGUUGUCAGUUAUAGCAGGUUAUUAUUCGCUAUAAUUACUAUUUGUUAUAAUUGGUUCUUUAAUUCUUGAUACUAAUUAUAUUAUAGGCUUCUAUGAUGAUGAUCAUGUGGAACGACAAUAUAGACACUGCAAUGUUUUAUGAGUGACCAAGUUCGUCAUAUUGCUAUCUCGAAGAUCGUCGAGGUUCGAAGUUACGGAUUAAUAUAAUGUUUACUGGACGAAGAUCGAAGAGUUUUUAAUACAGCAUAUUUACAGACAUUUAUCCAUAUUUCGAAUAUGACAUACGGAAUUGUACAAUGUUUAAAUCGCGGGAUAUAUACAUAUAUACAUAUGUAUGUAUUGAAAACCUGUGUCGUCUGCGAUCCCGUUUGUAGUGUAAUUUUUUACGAACGAUAUGCUUGAAAACAGAGUGCCUUGUCUUUAUAAUCAAUUAAUGUGACAACUUUACUCAUCGUUUUUUGCUGCAUUAACCGUCCAUAUAAAACAUUAUGUGAAUGUAGUUAUUAAAAGUGAGCGUCAUUUUAGACCUCUGGCUGAAUAUUUCUGCCGUGGAUAAAUGCAAAACGAGAAUAUAUAUAUAUUUUUUUUAUAUGUAAAGUCUAUAUACUCUUGUUACAAAUUGCAAUUAUAUUGAUAUUUUUCGAGAAACGCUGUUAGAUUGUAAACUUCUUUCACAUACGUUUUAUACUAUCAUACAAUUAUAUAAUGGAGUUUGCCAGAACGAGAAGACUACCUGGCGUUUACAGAUUUAUCUAUAUAUGUAUCUUUUAUCUAUAAGAAUUUUCGCCCUUCAUAUCUAGCGAUGGGUACAGGCGUGAUGUGAAAGAGAGAAGGCCGCUAACAUUAAAUUUUUCGUUAUCGUAGAUUAACUCACGGCCUAUUUAUCAUCGAAAUAACGUUUCUGGUAAAAAAACAAGAUAACGUGUUUAUACAAUUAGUGGGCAGCUAAGACUAUAUAGGAAGAGAUUUGCGUGACUAUUUCCAUUAUUUAACAAGUGAUAAUAUCUAUCUUGAUCGAUUUCGUAAUGAAAAGUGAUGUAAUUGAGUAAUAAAUAUUUAAAUGCAUAAACAAUGGAUUUUACGUAAACAAUAGGAAAGAUAUACGAAAGUCCAUUGGAUAUGAAUAUUCAUAGUAAAUUAAUAUUUGUAUUACUUUAAUAUUGGCGCACUUGCUAUGAGAUCGAACUAGUCACGUAAACUUUUCACUCUUUUGUAUAGUAAGGACGUCAGCAAUCUUAUCAUGUAAAACUUUUUGUAAUAUCGGUUCUCCCGCCUUUUCCGUAAUCGGGAAAAGCCUCGGAGAAACGAAGAAAAUUUGCGUUUCGUUAUUCGCACGCUCCUACGUUGAUGUCUCUUUCAUUCAACUGGUUGACCGUGCGAAUGUCGAAUCUUCGACUACUAGAUUUUUUUCUUUUCUUUUAAAUUAGUAAAAGGAAUGAGUGAUCGUGUAAACGUCGAUAUUUGUAUCAUUCGCUGUAUUUUUGAUGCCAAUACUCUGGAAGACGGGACGUCGCGCGUUGAGCACAAUGUGAGAACGUGAUCUUUCUUAUUUUACGUAUACAAAUUCGAUCAUCCCACGAUUGAUUGUAUUCGAGACAUUUUUAAUGCCGUUUUUAACAGCCGGAUUAAGGAUACGCGUUUUGAGUUUUAUUCAGUUUUGAGUUUCUCUUUUUUAUUCGCUUCAUCCUAUUUAUUCAGCUACUUGUUAGUUUUGUUUUAUUCGAAUUCGCUGUGCUUCAUGAUUUACGGCGACGUCCCUUCCCCGAUCGACGUUACCGUCGAAAUUGGUAAGCGUUUCUCUGCGUUACGAGGGUCGAUCCGACCGACAGUCUUCCAGGAUGCAAAUCAAGCGCGUUUAAUGUAUUAUUUUAAUUGCAAUUUAACGAUUAAUAUUUACCAUAUUGUAUCUUGCUUUUAGUCUAAACUCAGUGUAGAUUACAUUUUGGGGAGCGUUGAGACACGGAAACUUACAUAAGUGCCUUCACAUUUUCUACACGAAAAUACAAGUUCCGCGAUAUAUCUGCGCUGAUGCGUAAAGAUAGAUCUUAGAUCGAAAACCCCGCUUAAGUUGCGCAUUCGCCUCAAUAAUAACUGAGAUUAUACACAAAAGCAAUUAGUUGUUUAAUAUCAGUAUUUAAAUAUGCUCAGUGACAGCAAUAAUUUGUGAAAUACAUUUUUAUAUCGAUAACAAGUGCCUUAGUAAUAACGAUAACAAUAAACAUUAUUUACUUAA